CAUGUACGUGAUGGUGAUGGAGGAGAUCUCAGCAAAACAACAAGAAUAAGCAGUAACAACAAUAAUCUAGCCUGCCUGUCCUUAGCGUAGUCAUGCCAUGGCGGGCGAUGCGCUCAUCGUCAUCGUCACUAGCUUCCUCCUCGCGCUGCCGUCAGCGACGGCAAUAGGCAAGGUCUGCGGCAACGCCGGCAACUACACGGCCAACGGCAGGUACCGGUCCAACCUCGACUCCCUCGCCGCGGCCCUCCCAGCCAACACGUCCUCGUCCCCUCAGCUCUUCGCCAACGCCACCGCCGGCCAGGCCCCCGACGCCGUGUACGCGCUCGCGCUCUGCCGCGGCGACCUGACCGGCAACCUCACCGGGUGCAGCGCCUGCGUGAACGGCUCGUUGCAGUACGCGCGGAGGGCGUGCCCCUACGCCAAGGCCGCCAGCGUCUACGACGACAACUGCCUCAUCGGCUACUCCAGCGCCAACAUCCUCGUCCCGGCCUAUAACGCCACCCGGGACACGAGCACGCUCUUCGACUACUGGAACAGCAUGACCAUCGCCGGCAACGGCACACUGGUGGCCGCCCACGUCGACGACCUGCUGACGCAGACUGCCCAGCAGGCUGCCUCCAGCCCGAGGAGGUUCGUCACGGCCUACAUGGACGGCUCCAGCAACGCCGUCAUCCCGACGCUCUACUCCCUGGCGCAGUGCACGCCCGACCUGUCAGCCGGCGACUGCCUGGCCUGCCUCCAGCGGAUCCUCGGCUUGCUCAACGCCACGACGUCGAUGACGCAGAUCAGGCCGUCGUCCGGCGCUCCGGCGCCACCACCACCGUCUCCGACGACAAAUAAAGGAUCUGGGGUGAAGCCUUGGGUAAUUGCGGUGUCUGUAGCACCUCCUGUGGCGGUAGUAGCAUUCUGCUUCAUCCUUUACAACCGUAGGCAAAGGAGAAGGUUCAGAAGAGGUAGAUCUAAACUACGACAAAAGCAUCCUCGCAACAACUUGAAAGGAGACGAACUAGAUUGGGAAAUGGAAACAGAGCUCUCAGAGUUUUCUGUUUUUGACUUCCAUCAGAUAUUGGAGGCUACAGAUAACUUCUCUGAAGAAAAUAAACUUGGGGAAGGUGGGUUUGGCCCCGUUUAUAAGGGUCAGUUUCCUGAUGGAACUGAGAUAGCUGUUAAGAGACUUGCUUCACAUUCAGGGCAAGGUUUUGUAGAGUUCAAGAAUGAAGUACAACUCAUAGCGAAACUCCAACACACAAAUUUGGUUAGGCUCUUGGGAUGUUGCUCUCAGGGAGAGGAGAAAAUUUUGGUCUAUGAAUACUUGCCAAACAAAAGCUUGGACUUCUUUAUCUUUGAUGAAAACAGGAAAUCGUUACUGGAUUGGAAAAAGCGUCUAGCGAUAAUUGAAGGAAUAGCAGAAGGACUUCUCUACCUGCAUAAGCACUCCCGUUUGCGUGUCAUUCAUCGAGAUCUUAAACCAAGUAACAUUCUCCUGGACAGCGAAAUGAAUCCUAAAAUUUCAGACUUUGGGUUAGCAAAAAUAUUUAGCUCAAAUAACAUCGAAGGAAGCACUACAAGGAGAGUGGUUGGUACAUAUGGUUAUAUGGCUCCCGAGUAUGCCUCUGAGGGCAUCUUCUCUAUCAAAUCUGACGUAUUCAGCUUUGGCGUUCUCAUUCUUGAGAUCCUUAGCGGAAAAAGGAAUUCCGGCAACCACGAUUAUGGAGAUUUCAUCAAUAUUCUCGGAUAUGCAUGGCAAUUGUAUGAAGAGGCAAGAUGGAUGGAUCUCGUUGAUGCCUCAUUGGUACCAAUGGAUCACUCAUCUGAAAUCAUGAGGUGCAUGAACAUUGCAUUGCUGUGUGUACAAGAGAAUGCCGCUGAUCGACCAGCCAUGUUGGAUGUUGUUGCGAUGCUAAGCAACAAGGCUAAGACCCUGGCUCAGCCGAACCACCCAGCGUAUUUCAAUGUACGGGUAGGAAACGAAGAGGAGUCCACUGCUGCUACGGCGUCAGGCAGUAUCAAUGAGAUGACCGUAUCUGUCACAACUGGUAGAUAAUUUUUGUUUGUACAAAGUGGUUACUGUUGAGCUUAUAUAUAUAAUUAUCCUUUUGAUAAUGUGCAAUGCAGACAUAUUUCAUUAUAUGGGGUAUAUGUUUAUUUAAUUACUCUAUUUUGUGCA